UGGCUCAUCUACUCCAUCGCCUUCACGCCCAAGGCGGCGCUCAUCCUGGGCACCUCCAUCCUGGAGCUCAUCGAGCUGCGCCUGCCGCUGGGCACCACCGGCUUCCGCGUCACGCUGGCGCUCUCGGCGCCGCUGCUCUACUGCCUGCUGCGGGCCAUCGGCUCCGAGGGCGCGGGGCAGCUGCUGCUGCCGCCGCAGCCGCCGCCGCAGCACCGCGCCGCCGCCGCCUUCCUCGCCACCUGCCUCGACCUGCUCGACAGCUUCUCGCUGCUGGAGCUCGUGCUGCAGCCCGGGCGGCCGGCGCCGCUGCCCGCGCCGCUGCGCUACCUCCUCAUCGCCGUCUACUUCCUCUGCCUCGCCUCGCCCGUGCUCUGGCUGUACGAGCUGAGCGCCGCGCGCCCGCCCGGCGCCGCGCGCCUCGCGCUGCACCUGCUGCUGCCCGCCGGGCUGCUGGACGCGCCGCUGCUGGCGCUGCGCUGCCUCCUGCUCCUGCGCUACCAGCAGCCGCUCUCGCUCUUCAUGCUCAAGAACCUCUUCUUCCUCGCGUGCCGCGGCCUCGAGGCCCUCGAGACCUGCUGCCUCCUGCGCCCCGCCGUGCCCGCCGUCAAGUACGGCGCGGCCGCCGCGCCCCCCGCCGCCGCGCCGCUGCCCCACGGCCUCUCCGAGGUGGACGUGGGCCCCCACGGCUACGUCAACGCGCUGGCGGUCACGGCGCAGGGCUGA